UACUCUCGCUAUGUGCUGCCUUCCAGUGACUGCCGUUCCGUACUGUAUGCAACAAAAGCAAGCGGAUGGAAUAAAUCGAAAUAGCCUGCAAUUCAGGUUUCCAUAACUCACCUUAGAUACGGCGCUGUCUCUCGGAGAAAAGGGGAUUGUGUUUCGGGAAGACACAGGCUCUGACACAUGAAAAGAAGAAGCGUCCAGAUUCAUAGUUGUUGUUGAAGUCUGCUUAUCUUUUACACGCAGUCUGAUCUGCACAAGGCAGCAUUUCAGAUCAGAUUUCAGAUUAACUUCAGACCAGCUGGAAGAGCAGAGAGAGCGAGAAAGAGGGCUUCCCCUCUGACUCUGUGUCUUGGAGAACACCGGAGCGCGAGAGUGCGAAUCAAAACGUGGAACCCCAAACCCGGGUGGGAAGGUCGGAAAUUGGUCAAGGAUUCUCUUUUGGGAGAUUGACGCGGAGGUGAGAGUUUAUAAAUAGAUCGGAAGAAAUGGACGAGCAGCCGCGGUUGAUGCACUCUCAUGCGGGAGUAGGGAUGGCAGGGCACCCCGGCCUGUCGCAACACAUGGAAGGCACGGGAGGAACGGAAGGCGAUGGGAGAAAACAGGACAUUGGAGACAUUUUACAGCAAAUAAUGACCAUCACAGAUCAGAGUCUGGACGAAGCUCAAGCCAGGAAACACGCCUUGAAUUGCCACAGGAUGAAGCCUGCUCUCUUCAACGUUUUGUGUGAAAUCAAAGAAAAAACAGUGCUGAGUAUCCGUGGUGCCCAGGAGGAGGAGCCUCCAGAUGCCCAGCUCAUGCGAUUGGACAACAUGUUGCUGGCGGAGGGCGUGUCUGGCCCGGAGAAGGGGGGCGGUUCUGCAGCGGCAGCGGCUGCGGCUGCAGCCUCAGGAGGCGGGGCAGGAGCAGAUAACUCAGCGGAACACUCGGACUACAGAGCCAAGCUCUCUCAGAUCAGACAGAUCUACCACACAGAACUGGAGAAAUAUGAGCAGAUGGUAUCCCAUGGCGGAUGGAGGGGGGAGAGUUACACAGGGAGUCAUGGCAACGGAAACAAGGCUUGUAACGAGUUCACAACCCAUGUGAUGAACCUGCUGAGGGAGCAGAGCCGCACGCGGCCCAUCUCUCCCAAGGAGAUAGAGCGCAUGGUGGGGAUCAUCCACCGCAAGUUCAGCUCCAUCCAGAUGCAGCUCAAACAGAGCACCUGCGAAGCAGUCAUGAUCCUACGCUCACGCUUCCUCGAUGCCAGACGGAAAAGACGGAACUUCAACAAGCAGGCGACAGAGAUCCUGAAUGAGUACUUCUACUCCCACCUGUCUAACCCCUACCCUAGUGAAGAGGCCAAGGAAGAGCUGGCCAAGAAGUGCUCCAUCACAGUUUCACAGGUUUCCAACUGGUUUGGAAACAAAAGAAUCAGAUACAAGAAAAACAUUGGAAAGUUCCAGGAAGAAGCCAAUAUGUAUGCUGCCAAAACUGCAGUCAACGCGACCAACGUAUCCUCACAUGGAAGCCAGGCUAAUUCGCCCUCCACCCCAAAUUCUGCAGGUUCUGCUGGCUCUUUUAACAUGUCAAACUCCGGCGACUUGUUCAUGAGCGUGCAGUCUCUCAAUGGGGACUCGUACCAAGGUGCUCAGGUUGGAGCCAACGUGCAGUCACAGGUGGAUACCCUUCGCCAUGUUAUCAGUCAGACAGGCGGAUACAGUGAGGGCCUCACAGCCAGCCAGAUGUACAGUCAACAGAGCAUCAAUGCAAACGGAGGCUGGCAGGAUGCAACCACCCCCUCAUCAGUGACAUCACCCACAGAAGGACCUGGAAGUGUUCACUCUGACACGUCCAACUGAUCCCUCCACCCUCCACCACCAUCCAGACACCCCCAACCUCCACCCUCGAUCAGCCAGCCCCCAGUCAGCUCCCCGCCAGAACUGGAGGUGUCACUAGACUGGUCACAGAGCAAGAGACCUCUCUCUACAGGUGGGGACUACAGGAUGAAACGCCAUCAUCACCACAGACAGUUCUUCAUGUCUUAUGUCCCGUCUCUACAACCAACUAUGACACAGUCAGUCAGUAGCCUGAGUAGGGCUCUGUUCUCCCAUUUAUCUACGACCUCAUUCACUGUCUGUACAGUUUUCUUCACCAGAUAUCCAUGUUGCCUCUGUGUGAUCAUCUGACUUAUAACACAGUAGGCAAAUAGUUACAACACGYAUACACAGUAUUGCCCGUAUCUUGUAGAUUGACUUCUAAAACUUCUAAAAAAUGAUCGUUUUUUCCCCUUUGUAAUUACUGACAUUGACAGUAGCUCCCAAUCUCUCUUGUCCUGUCUCAAGGCUUGUUUUGAGGACAGUUUUGCCUCUGUGACAAGUUUUACCCUAUAUAAUUACUUCAUUCCCAACAUUUGUUUUGUCCAUAGUGCCAAAGUUCAACACAGGAGGGGAAUUUUUAUAAUAUGACAUUGUGCUUGUGGAAAAAUACAUAUCCAUCUGACGUUUCACAUCACAUACUGUAGCUUAAUAACAUUUCUUGUUAGUAGCUAACAAUGGGCUGAUUUGAAAGGAGAACCUUGAGAUUCAAAUGUUCCUCCUCAUUUUAGGCAUUCUGUUUCAGAGCUUCUACAAUGGUCCAUAAAACAUGACACAUUUUUAGUGCAACAAUGGCGUGUGUUCUGUUCAUACUGAAUGAGUGGUCGACAAUGCAUAAGCAAAACACAAAAUGCUCCAGAAUGAAUGGAAAGGAUGGUUUGGAAGGUUAUAAAGAAAUGGAUCAUGGUGAUUCUAGCUUCAUGGUGAUUCUAGCUUCAUGGUGAUUCUAGCUUCAUGGUGAUUCUAUCUACUGGAAUUCUAAUGGAUUUCCUGCACUUGACAUAUUGUUUGUAGUGUGGACUGAGUAUCAGUUAAAAAAAUGUAUCCGGAACACUUAAUCAGUGAGUACAUUAGCAUCAAUUAAAAUAUGCCAAUAUAAUGUCUUUAAGCACAGUCACUUCCAGUGAUUACCCUACGAAGGGUAACAUAUGUAUUUGUCAAAGAGAAGAACACAGUACAGAGAACACACAUUAAUAAUAUGCUUAUAUCAUUUUCAUAUUUUGAACAUAUGGUGUGUGUACAUACACAUACAUACAUACACUACCAUGAUCACUAUCACUGUACAUCAGUGUAAUCAAAAUAGCCAAAUACUGCUGGUAACCAAAACCACUUGUGUAAGGUGUAAGUGCAAAAAAGGCAUUUUAAUGUAAAUGUUCAUUCUGAUGUUGUGUAACCAGGUGGUAGUCAUGGAAUACACAACUAAACACAAUUCUAAAAUCUUUCUCAAAGUUACUCUUUUCCCUCAUUAUUUCAUGCCAUUGGUGCUAAAUUGUUUCUUUUUUUUCAGUAGUAUAUUUCUGUCCAUUUAUUAUUGUCACUGAGUUUGAACAUCUAUCAUAUCAUCCUCUUUUUACAUUUUGGUUAUCAAGGUUGGUCUCUACUCACUCUUAUAUUACAGCUUUCUCCUAGCAUUUGACUUGAGUCUAAAUUACGCAAAAAAUCCAAAAUGUGAUAUUAGAUUUAUUCAUUUUGUUGUAGCUACAGUAUUUGCUUACACACAAUUACACAUUGCCUUCUUGUGCAAUUCAACAUAUCUACCCUACCAUUCCCUUGAUACCAAAAAAUAACUGCAGAAGCUUCAGCUCUACAGAUUGGAUUCAGCUUAACCAAUUUAGCUUUGUUUGUUUUGUAAAAUGGUGUAUUAUCUGAAGUAUUCAUCUCAUAGAAAUGUUCAGGUACUCUCUCUGUACUACAAACCAAAAAUACACGAGUGUUUGUUUAUAGAUAUGACAUGGAAAAGACUAACCCUGAUGGCACACAGACAGAUACAGAAGAUGUUGGGAUAUAUUUUUAUGUCCUCAUGUUUUGAAUAACUUGCAUCAUCAUUUUUAUGCUCUAUAGAGUAUAAGUAGAUGUGCACCUUUAUUCUGGUUUUACAUUUUGGGGGGUAAUUGGACAGUAUCCAUUUUAAAACAACGCAGCUACAGUAGGCCGUCAUUGUAAAUAACAAUUUGUUCUUUACCGACUUGCCUAGUUAAAUAAAGGUUCAAUUUAAUUAAAAAGUCAUGUUUGACAGACACAGACCGAUAGUAGGGAAGAGUUCCUCUCACAUUACAGAUAUAAUCCACUCACAGUUCACUUUGUACUUUCAGUCUAAAGCAUUGACACACAAGCUUGCUUCUAAAAUGUUUACUGUCUGUUAAUUAAAGGUGAUGUGAAAAGUUAGUGUCCAACCAAAUCCGUAUACCAUGGUAACAGAUAUACAUUAUACAGUGUAACUACAAUACCACACAGCUGAAUCCACCAUAGUCCUUCUUUCAGAAACAGUACAUUUUAUAUUUGAUAUCAUUUUUGGAGACGUGGAGGUGUACUAUGAUGAGUGAAGCAAAAUAUUUUUUCAGUUGACAGACGACAUGUGUAUGAGUGGACUAUGUUGGAGUGGUGUACCCUGGCCUUUCCAUCCAGAUGUUUGUUUUUUGUUGUUGAUCAUUUUAGCCAUGUGGCCAGCAGAACAAUAUCUUUUGUGAUGCAGUGCCCCUAAAACAAAACAUCACUCUACUUUUCACAUUGCCUGUCCAAUAUCACCGUAUUAUUGAAAGCUUCAUGUAAUGAUGCUUUAAGUUUUUGAAUAUAAAAGGAAAAAAUUACUAUAAAAAGAAAUAAGAAACUAAAAUUUGUCAACAUAAAAUGUUUUCUUUGUGCAUGUAUUUUGUUCUUUAAUAAAAUACCGUACUGCAGUGUUUUUGAAUGUUACUUAUUUUUUUAUAAAGAUUUCAGAGUGAAACCGUGGAGCCUUUUUCUUGACAGGUUUUAACUUUUAAGAUCUCUGCAAAUGUAAAAAAGGUAUACAAAUGGAAACCGCAAAACAAUUGUCUUUUUAAUUCCUAUUUAAAACCGUUUUUCUGUGGAGAAAAAAAAUAGCUAACAAGAUGUAGGUUUUAUGGUCUCUUUCUUUGUCCUAGUAAUGCAUAUUCCAAAUAAAUUGUUUCUUUUGCUGCA